CGCUGCCACAUAAGGAAAUCCUGGCAAUGACAUGACCUUCAAAGAAAGCUCGCUCAUUACUUUUUUACCUUUCCCCUUGAUUUUCUUUCUUACCUGCUUAAUGAACAACAGCAGUGCUUUGAGCGAGGUUCAAAGCCCUGAAACAACCAAUGAUGUUGCUACCAGUACUCAACAGUCUAUCUUUGGCUUCAUACUGGCUCACUUGCCCUCAUUCCUGUAUCGACUGGUGACCUUUGCUACGAUCUCCAUUCCCCUCUUCUUUUACCGGGUUCUAACUUGGUCAUUCACACUUCACUUGAAUUUCACCUCCAUGGUGAUCAUUCUGGGAUUCGUCGCAACAUGUACCUGGCUCAUUGUACGAUACCGAUUUUUGACAACGUACUCAAGGCUCAAGCCCAUACAGCCCCCUAAACCUGCCACUUCCUUUGACUUACAUCCUGAUGCGGCCGAGGAUCAAGAGUAUAUCAAAUCCGGAAUGAAAAGCUAUCCUGACGAGUUCCUUUCUGCCUUCUUGUCCUCCAUCAAAAUCUUUGGAUACUUGGAACAACCCGUCUUUCAUGAACUUGCACGACACUUGCAAACGCGAAGACUGUUGGCUGGUGACACUUUGUUUAAAAACCCGGAACAAGAGCGUUCCUUUUACAUUGUGGUGGAUGGAAAUGUGCAGGUAUUUAUCAAGCCUAACAAUAACGAAGCUAAUAGCGACGAUGAAGAGGAUUCGGACAUCUCAGAUACGGACGAAUAUGGGAAUGAACGACUGAAAAAUCACACCCUCCUGAAUGAAGUUGGCGCAGGAGGCACCCUGUCGAGUUUGUUUACCAUUCUCUCACUGUUUAGUGAAAGUACGGAGCAGCCCAAAAAGUUUAAACAAAAGCGACAAAGUCAUUAUCGUCAAUUUGGAGAUGGAGAUGAUCUGGAAUCGAGCCGCGAUGGAUCACAGGAAAGCUGGGGCCAGGUGUUCCGGAAGCUGGAUCAGGCGGAUUUGGAUGUCGGGUUCAUUGAAGGAGUCCGAACACGACCGGAUAAUAAGAGCCCAUCUUUAUCGUUCAAGCAUUUGGACCAUGAAGAUCUCUCAGAUAUUGGCGACGAGACAGAUGUACGCAUCACAGCAAACACACAAUAUCCGAACGAAGAUAGGCAGGUUUACGAUAGACCGGGUAUCCGGCCACUCUCAAUGAAAAGUGCCGCCUAUAGACAGCAGCGGAGUGUCCACCCGGGCAUUAUUGCACGUGCUACUGUUGAUACUACCUUAGCGGUCAUCCCUGCUGAAGCAUUUCACAAGCUAACACAGAAAUUUCCUAAAGCAGCCGCUCACAUUGUGCAAGUCAUCUUGACACGUUUUCAAAGAGUCACGUUCCUUACUGGACACAAGUAUCUGGGUCUAACGAAAGAGCUAUUGCGAGCGGAGAGACUGGCGAAUGAAUCCGCUAGUUUGAAUCGACUUCCUGAUGAAUUUUUCAUUCCUGGUGGGUUGGAUAGGCUGAGACGCAAGUUCUUGAAGGAGGAAACACCGUUUCCAUUGAAUAACGAGAAUGGCGAGGAAGGAAAGCAAUCAAGCGACUCUAACAAUGACCACCCGAGUAUUAUCAAUGCCAUGAAUAUAUCGGAGCGCUCAAGUCCCACGCCUGCCAUGGACGGUUCACCUGGUCACAAUUUGGACUCUGGUAGCAGCAAAAAAUCUGGCAACAAAGCGCAUAUUAGAAGACGGUCGAUUACACGCACUAACAGUGACUAUAGCAUUGAAGAUGACCGCCAUCUUAGAGCAUCGGUCAUGGCCUGCGUCUCGCAAAGCUUAGGGCUCCGCUCAUUCUCAUCGGUCUCAAAUACCCCUCCUCAAAGCGACAACAGCAUCAACAGGUCACCACCCACCAGCCAUUUGGAUAUUGGCAAAUCGAGAUAUUAUCCCAUGGAUUUGUUCUCACAUACCGGUGUCAUGGAUGAGUCCGGCUCACCAUCCUUCGGCCCUAUUAGCAUGCCAUCGGAUGAUAUUGAGGUGAUGUCUACAGCGUCGUCUGUCUCCAACGGCGAAACCAAUUUCGAACCGAGGUUUGGGUCCACCGUCAAUGCGAACGAUGUCCAAAUUUUGUAUUAUCCCAAGGACGCCGUUUUAGUCAAGGAAGGGGAACACAAUCGUGGUCUGUACUUUGUGAUUGACGGCUUGUUGGAGGUCUCUAUGUCUCCAAUUGAUGGUGAGGAGCAAACAUCGUCUCCACACAUAAAGCCAACCAACACAUCUUCGUCCAACCGUCCUAAGCGACGACGAGCGGCGAGCGGAUUGCGACACUCGAUUAAUCGACAUACCUCUUACAUUGAUGAUCCAUUUACAACCAAGGCUCCGGCAGCGCCAGAUGCCUAUAAUGACAAGAAGAAGGCGGCAGAGCCCAAUGAAGCACAACAACAUAGAACUGUCAUGUCUGAAGCGCCAGCAGGGCGUUCGUAUGAUCGUGACAACCAUAAAAACAAAAGCAAGCGAACCAGGAAACCUUUAUUCUCUAUUAAAGCUGGCGGUCUGGCCGGUUAUUUGGCAGCUAUGAGCGGGUAUCCUAGUUUUGUCGAGAUUCGAGCGGCAACCGAUACUUUUGUUGGUUACAUCACCAAGCAAACUCUCGAACGUAUUAUCGAUCGCAAUCCCAUUGUGAUGCUAACCCUGGCGAAGCGACUCAUUAGUAUUCUCAGUCCACUGGUAUUGCAUGUCGAUUUCGCUUUAGAAUGGGUUCAAGUUCCUGCAGGACAGAUCAUCUAUCGACAAGGAGAACCCAGUAAUUCCAUAUAUAUUGUCCUCAAUGGGCGUCUGAGAACUAUUUCGGAAAGAAAGGAGGGCGGCAUUGACAUCCUUGGUGAAUUCGGUCACGGUGACAGCGUUGGCGAACUUGAAGUUCUGACUGGUACACCAACCCCUUCCACCCUUCACGCCAUUCGUGACACUGAACUGGCGCGCAUGCCAAAGACUCUGUUUAACGCAUUGGCUAUUCGACAUCCCGAAAUCACCCUGCAAAUUUCUCGUAUGAUCGCACUGCGUUCACGGCAGCUAGUGAUCAAAGCUCAGAGUCCGCAAGGAGUACAGGUUCCAACUUUCAACCUGUCAACAAAGGAUAGCAGUCCAGUGGCUUCAAUAUCGUCUACAUUCUCAAACAACAAGUUCCCUGAAUUGUUCGGUCGCAACAAUGUGAAUCUCAAAACGGUUGGCAUCAUUCCAGUAUCUUCAUCGGUGCCUGUAACCGCCUUUGCCGAGCACCUGAGAAGUGCUCUUGUUCAUAGUGUUGGUGCGGAAACAGUUCUGCUAAACAGUGCAACUAUCAUGUCGGUCAUGGGCAAGCAUGCAUUUUCGCGAAUGGGAAAACUCAAGCUCACGUCUUGGCUGGCUGAACAAGAAGAAAAGGCUCGCAUUGUCUUGUAUCUUGCAGACGGUGGCGUCACAUCCCAAUGGACAAGGACGUGCAUUCGCCAAGCUGAUUGUAUCUUGUUAGUGGGUUUAGGUGACGGUGACCCUUCUGUAGGUGAAUAUGAACGAUUCUUGAUCAACAUGAAGACGACGGCUCGAAAAGAAUUGAUUUUACUACAUGGUGAAAAGUAUUGUGCUUCAGGAACCACGCAAGAAUGGCUCAAGAACCGACUUUGGAUUCAAGCCCAUCAUCAUAUCUUUAUGCCUAUGCGGCAACAUUUGGAAAUUACCAGUCGCCAAGAUUCUGUCGGUCCCGCCUGGUUACGCAAUCAUGGCCGAAAGAUGACGGCUGGCUCCAUCAACAUGCUCAUCAACGUCAAAGGUCAAAUUGAAAAGUACUACUCUGCUGUAAGAGUACCGACAUUUGGCCGUUUACUGGUACUGAAGAAAUCUGGCGGUGGUCCUGUCAGUGGAGUAUCAAGCGGAACACGCAAUGAUUUUGCUCGACUUGCUCGUCGACUUUGUGGAAAAUCAGUGGCGUUGGUUCUUGGUGGAGGUGGAGCGAGAGGUAUCAGUCACAUGGGAGUCAUUCAGGCCAUUGAAGAGGCUGGUAUACCAAUCGAUAUCAUUGGAGGCACCAGUAUUGGAUCUUUUGUUGGUGGCCUCUAUGCCAAAAAUACGGAUCUGGUUUACACCAUGGCUCGAGCAAAAAUGUUCUCAGGAAGAGUGGCGAGUCUAUGGCGACAGCUCAUGGAUUUGACCUAUCCUGUCACAGCAUGGACAACAGGACACGAGUUCAACCGGGCUAUAUGGAAAUGCUUUGGUGAUAGCCAGAUUGAAGAUUUCUGGCUGCCCUACUUUGCCGUUACCACCAAUAUCACGUAUUCGCGCAUGGAAGUCCACACCACUGGUUAUGCCUGGCGAUAUGUACGUGCAUCCAUGUCACUUUCCGGCUACAUGCCGCCUAUAUGCGACAACGGAAACAUGUUGGUAGACGGUGGAUAUAUGGAUAACUUGCCUGUGACGGUUGCCAAGAGCAUGGGUGCAGACAUCAUCAUUGCUGUCGAUGUGGCAUCCGAAGACGACACUAGUCCGGUGCAAUACGGUGAUUCGCUCAGUGGAUGGUGGGCAUUGCUACAGGCUUGGAAUCCAUUCAGGACUUACAAGAUUCCUAGCAUUGCCGAUAUUCAAAGUCGACUGGCCUAUGUCAGCAGUGUUCCAAAGUUGGAAGAAGCCAAGAUGACGGAUGGUACGCUCUAUAUCAAAUUGCCUGUGCAGAAGUUCGGUACACUUGAGUUUGGAAAAUUCCAUGAUAUCUUUUCUAUUGGUUACGAUGCUGGUAAGGAACUGACAAACAACUGGCGCAAGUAUGCUACUGGACGUCUGGAGCAUGAUGGUGAACACCAGAAAGGUACAGAGGUGAAAGGCAAUGUUGGUAGACGCAAUAGUAUCUAGAUGAUACCUUUGUAUAAAUUUCCCGUUUUUCCGUCAUCAUACAAUCCACAUCUUACAUAGUCACCUCAUCCCACUUUGCUAUAAUUAAUGCAUCGUCGUUAUCACCAUGCCAAAGACAAGAAAAUAAAAAUACAAUAAAAAUAGUACCCCCAAAAAAAGAAA